AUGGUUGCCUUUUCAGUUCUCUUCCUGCUCGCAUAUUCAGUGACAUCGAACGCUCAGUACCUUGUGCCAAGAUUCGGAUUUGACGAUUUUUUCCCGUCAUUCUCCAUCAAUCCAUUCCCAAAUGCGUUCACGAGCAUAUUUCCGGAUUUCUCCGAGUUCACGAAUGGAUUUUUUGGACGCAAAUGGGUAGAAAAGUUGGAGGAAGAAUUCAGGGAAGCCUUCAAGCACACUUCGCGGGACUACGGUAUCACUUCUGAGAAUGGCACCACAACCAUAACUCAAACAAUUGGCGGGAAGAAAUACACAAAAACAGUUCCUGAGGGCGCAUCCUACUUUCUUUCAACACGAUGUAUGAGCCAGAAUGGAAAGACCAAAGAGAUUGUGAAAAUUGUUGUCGAUGGGAAGACGACUGUCUACACGACGAUUGACGGCAAGACAACCGUGACAGAUGGCGACGGCAAAGUUCUGACCGAUGGUGGUUUCUUUGGCGUCGAACCGAGUGAUGAGGUGACCACCACAAAUCUUCCCAAGACUGAAGUUCCCGAAGCCUUGGAGGCUGCUACAAAUCUCCCCGAAAACGAAGAUUCCAAAGUAUCGCAGGACAAGAAAGGAUCCCAUUCCCCAAAGCAUUCACCCCAUUUCUUGGUCAAAAAUUUGACUCCCUCUGGAGGAAAGGUCAAGGAAAAGAAGACUGAGGAAUCGGAUUUCCGUUAA